GAUCACAAGUUAUUCGUGUUAAAAGAUUUGAAUUCUGUUAUUUGGACGUCACAUGGAGAAGUGAGAUUAUUCGUAUGUGCAUCGAAACACGCAUUCGCUGCUGUAGUUUAUUUGAGAAGUACGAGGAAAGAUAGCAAUGACGGUGCAUUAGUUUUUUCAAAAACACGGAUGAAGCCGCUCAGAGACAUUUCGAUUCCAAGAUUAGAAUUGAUGGCGUGUUUGAUCGGAGUACGAGCACUAAAUGUCGAAAAACAGUUACAAAUAGACGGUUGCAAAAAAUUCUUAUGUCAAUUGGACCAACGAAAUCAGUGGACAGAACGAAGUGAGUGGAUUCCUUGGAGGCGAAUAGUGGAUCAGUGGAAGACCGUGGAGACUCGUUGGAAGAACAUUGGACUGGCUGGAAGUGGAAAUCAAGUGCGACUCAAAGCUUCGAGGAUCAAGGAGCAAACACGAUCGUCAGGAGCCAAUUACGCUAACCUGAACCGCGGAAAUUUGAAAAAGGCAUUGUCGAGUCUGUCGAAGUGUGAUGAAGAUAUUAGAAACGUAGAAAAAUUAGACUCACGAAAGUUGAGCGAAACGAUUGCGUUGAACACGCUAAAGAGCAGAGUGAACCUUCUCCGCAGUAAACACGAAGAAUGGACGCGGCUAAUUUCCGAGAUGAGUGGGGACGAAAGACAAAGAGAAGAAGAAAUGUAUGAAAGCUAUACCUCAAGAGCUGAAAACUUUCUUGAGGUCACGCAUCUCUUGUCUAUAUUGCACGGAAAGGCCAAAGCAGCGUUGGAAGGAUUGCCAGUAACCAAUGCUAGCUACAAUGAAGCGAUAGACAUAUUGCGCAAUCGAUUCGGAGACGGAACCGAAAAUCCUGCUGAUGUGGCAUCUAGAGGUGCGGGUCUUAGAAUGUUAGCAGAACAGGAAACUUGGUGGCGAGGGCCAGAUUGGUUGAGUAGAAAUGAGAAUGGAUGGCCAAUAAAUAAUGGAUACUUAGAAGAAGAAGACGACGAAACAACUCCGGAGACUGUAGGGAAUGUAAAAAUAAGAAAGGACGUGACUAACAUUAAGCAUACAGACGAGAAUGAUUGGCUCGUAAAGACAGCUGAAAGGGUUAGCACCUGGAGAAAAUUAAAGGGUGUAGUAGCAUACCUAAUUAGGUGGAAGAAUAAAGUGAGCACGAAAGAAACAUUCGGCGAAAAGUUGACCAUGAGAGAACUGGAAAUUGCUGAACGAAAAAUUAUGGAACUCACUCAACACCAAACCUUCGAAGAUGUAUGGGAAGCUUUAUUAGAAAAUAAGCCUCAUCGCCUCAAGAAACAAUUAGGAAUAGAAAUAAACGACGAAUUGCUAGUAUCAGGAAGAUGGAUCCCAGAAGUAAUAGUGUCGGAUAAUGCCACUACAUUUACGGCAGGAGGAAAGGUCAUUAUUGAUGAAUGUCAAAAAAGAGAUAUGGAAGAAGGAUUGAGAGAAUUUGGUAGUGAGAAUGGACUAACAUGGGAAUUCGUUACAAGUCAUUCUCCAUAG